CCGGAGUCGUGGAGCGUUUCGACGAGUGCGGCAGCUGUGUGGGGCUGUGCCGUGAGCGGUUGUGUGUCGCUUCAUUGGCGAGCUCUGGGGCGUCUUACAUUUUCGGCCCGAGCCUCUUCGUUGUGCGUGUCGCCUCGAAGCCUGCCGCCUGCGUCCUCUCGGUGAGAAGGCAUCCACCUCUAUCCGUCGUUCUCUGCUUGGGUACGAGCCGCCACGGAUGCAAACAUGGAGCCGUCUGACCGUCUGUUGCUCGAGCCUGGAACUCUUACUGUCGCAGUCCGCUUCUCCGCCUGACACGCGUACAUCGCACCGCGAUACUGUAAACUAAGCACGGACUCCGCCGGAACUGCUCUUCGCUGUCGUGGAGUUAUUUUUCCAACAACAAUAAAAAUCGGGCAGUCGCUACAACCAUGCCAGGGGACGUCGGCAGUUCUUCCGUUGCCGCACAGUGACGAUCGUGGACUUGGGAACGCGUUCCAACGAGUACGUGGUGGUGCCCCGAGACUGCAAAAAUGCGCAAGAACUGCCUGGCGCGGGCGCUGUACGACAACAUCGCCGAGUCUCCGGAGGAGUUGGCCUUCCGCAAAAAUGACGUGCUCACAGUGCUGGAGCAGAACCCGGGCGACCUGGAGGGCUGGUGGCUGUGCGCGCUCCGAGGCCGCCAAGGGUUGGCCCCGGGCAACCGGCUGCGGCUCAUGCCCGGCAUGUAUGACCCGACGGGCUUGGGUUACGCCGCACCAACGGGGAGCCCCGACCUCGCGGCCACUGUGCCCCUGGUGGCGCCCGCGGGCACAUACCCAGGGCCCGGUCAGCGUCACGCACGCCGCCGUUCGUGGCGGGUGGACCCCAACAAGGUCAUUACACCUAGCAAAGUUGGAGAUGUGUACCUGUAUGAUGUCCCAGUAGGUGCCAAAGUUACUGAAGAGUAUGAUACUCCUACUCAUUCCACGCUUCCAAGACCCUCAGGCCAUGUUCACAUAGACACCAUAGUUCCAGCUCCUCAAGAUGGACGGAAACCAAUGCGCGCAUUACCAAACGUGGCUUAUGAUGAACCACGUCCUUCCAGUUUAUCGUAUGAUUUACCUCGGCCUUCUGUUAAUGCUCGUUUAGAACUUCCUUCAUCCACAACAGCUGGUACCGAAUCUUAUGAUGUGCCUCGGCCCAAGACCGACUACGAUGUGCCGAAUUCCGAGCUUGUGGGCACCUAUGAUACACCACCGCCUGCCCGAGGAGUUGCUAAGGGGACACCCAACUCGGUCUAUGAUGUUCCUCUUGACAGUGGCACUCCACGUUGUGUGCUGGCAGCCAACUACGAUGUUCCCACCUCUGGCCGGUCAAGUGGGGUGUCUCUGCUCUCGACAAGCUCAUCUUCUGCAGGAGUCUCCCCAGCUAGCAGUCAGUCCAGUUUGAACACAUCGCUGUCCUUGUCCAGUCUGUGUGGAUCAAACAGAUCCAGCUUGGAGCAAGGUCAUGAAAUGUAUGACAUCCCAACCAGCAGUUCUAGGCGUGUUGCCGAUGGACCUCCAAGCAGAACUCAAAGCCCGCGUGGAAACCUCGGUGCUGUGCCUCCACCCCCUGGCCAUGGCAUGACCCUUUUGCAAUUUUAUGAUGUGCCAACCAACAAUGCACCUGCACCAUUCUAUGACACGCCUCCCAAAAGAGCACCGGCAGCACAGACAGUCUGCAUGGAAGGCGUGUAUGAUGUUCCUCCUCAGGUAACACGUGAUGCUCCAUUGCCGCAACCAAUGAUGGAUGAAGUGGAUGCUUCCAGGCGAAAUUCCUCAUCUAGUAGCGACUCACGUAGUUCGCGCGAUUAUGAGACUGUUGGAGACCUUAAGGAACUCCACCUAGAGCGUGAUGCAGCUCUUGAGGUUUUGGUAAAAGUCCAGCAAGAGUUGACAAGUGCAAUUGGGAAGCUAUUUUCACUUACUCACUCGACACUGAAGCGACAGGAAAGUGUCACUGCAGAGAGUCGACUCUAUGACAUUAAAACAAGCUGCCACAAGCUACGAACUUCUUUGAAAGAGUUUCUAAACUUUGCCCAAGGUGCCCUUGCCAAUGCAUCACAUGUGGAGGACCGAAAGCUGUACCAGAAGUUAGCUCGAUUGACGAAGCCAUUGCUGGACUCUCAUCAGGUGGUGGUGGCAACUACCCAGGCCUUGGACGACAAAGGCUGGCAGCUGUGUAUGUCUCGUGAAGCUGGCCCUGAUGAGCUAGACCAGCUGAUUGCAUGUGCACGGGGUCUGACAGAAGAUAUCCAGCAAGUGGCGUCUACAAUACAAGGGAACUCAACGCUUAUCUUCAAAAAGUCCCCUCUCAUCAGUGAAUCUGGGAGGGCAUCGCAAGAGAGGCCUUUACCAAUCCCGCCAAGAAAAGAGGAUGACCAGUGGGCCAGCGACUAUGACUAUGUGAACCUUGAAUCCAAGGCAUCGGUGGAGCGCGAGAAUGAGGAGAUCAAGGCAGCACUGCCAGCUGAGCUGAGCCAGUCUUUUGACAAAUUGUUGCAGCAGUCCCAGCUUAUUGUUGAAGGCAUAGUGCAAGAACCGCAAGCUCUAUCCAGCGUGCCUGGAUUAGACCAAAAUGAUCUUCAGAUUCUCAACUUUUAUGGUGCCCAGAUUGACACCCACAUUCUAUUUCUGACUAAUGCCAUUGAUGCCUUCUUGGCUACCAUUGAGAACAACCAGCCUCCAAAGGUGUUCAUUGGGCACAGUAAAUUUGUUGUGAUCAGUGCUCAUAAGCUUGUGUACAUGGGGGACACAGUGUACCGGAAUAUUGUGAACGUAGACAUAAAGAACAAAGUUUUGCAGUGCUCAAGUAACCUGUGUGAAGCUUUGAAGAUGCUCAUCAAUAGCACUAAGAAAGCAGCCUUGCAGUUCCCAUCAGUGGCGGCUGUGCAGGAAAUGGUGGACAGUAUUGUUGACGUGUCACACUUGGCCAAUGACCUGAAGGUGGCUGUUAUGCAGGCUAAGAGGUAACCUGGAUUCUCCCUCCUGGACAUGCUCAAGUUGCAUCUUGAAAGCCACCAUUGCCACAUUAUGCUUGCAUUUGCAAAAGCAUAGCACACUGAUGUUGCAGCACUUCUUUAAAUAUAGUGGUGUGCUUUAAAUGAAACCAAGGUCAUUGAAAUUCGUAUAAUGCUAAAGUUUGCUGCAGUAGGCAUUGAAAUUGUAUAAUAGCAGUAUAGUUCUUACUAUUGUUAGUCUCCUCAUGUUUAUCUCUUCAUAAACACACACACAUACACAUGUGCAUGCUCUGCAUAUAUACAUAUAAUAAAACACACUCAAAACAGGGUGUCCCGUGAACCCCACGUUGUUCAGUAUAAUGAAAAAUAUAUACAUGCUAUUUGCAUUACAGUUUUCUUACAGCUGCAGAAUUAUUCUCUCGUGCAGUUGCAAACAGGGUAAGGAGAAAAAGCAUGAAUUUUGUGCCAAUAAUUACCACAUUGGUUCAACCAAUUGCAUUUCUGUGAGAUUUUCUUUGAACUCAUGUCUAUAUUAGACAUAUUUAUGGGGAAGCAUGGCAUGAGUGAAUAAAAUCUUGGAUUUUAAUUUGCAAAUCAGCAGUUGAGGUUGAUUACACAACAUAUAUAUUUUGCAAAUAAGCCAUGUCAUCUCUAGAUAGUUCAGUGUUUAUUAAAAAUAUACAUCGACCCUCACAUCAAAUAAGCUUGACAUUAUGAUUAAAUGAAAUAAGGCAGAAUGAAUCAUUCUUGCACUCUGUGUAGUGAAGCAUCUAUUUUUGUUAGCCGUGGCAGUUUCAGUACUGGAUAUAUUAAGGAAUCAUUUCUAUCAUAUUUGUGGUCUUAUCAGUUUUAGCUGAACAGUGCAGCUUGUAGCCUCAUGUCUUCUGUUUUAUGUAGCACAGCCAAACACUGCUCAGCACCUCAUAGGUUCUGCUUUAAUAUUUUAUGCACUUAGUCGCGAAUCAAGCAUUGUCGCAAGACAUGCAUUGGUGAUUUUAGAGACAGCUCGGUACGUUUCUGCAAUUUUCAAGCCAUCACACACACUUCAUGGCAGUAUUUGCUUGUUAUUGUAGGCGAUUCAGUGCAGCCGUGUUUAUCAUGUACUCGGAUGUUCAUUCCAUGUUUAUGUGGUUUGAUGUAAAAGAAUUGCUCUCUCACAAGCUCCUUGAAUGCAUCUCUCGAUGGUCUGUGUGCUAUGGUAAUGGAAGAUUUUAUCCAGCAAGGAGUUUAAAUGCUAUGUUAAUGCUUUUAUUCUUUUGUACCUUCGGUCCACUGUCAGUUUAUUUUUGAAGAAUCAUACUCAGAAAAUGAUGGUGUGUGUCAUUUCGGCUGCAUUGGUAGACGAAUCGGACACACUAUGCAAUAGGAAAAUUAUAUGUGGCACUCUUCUCUUUCUCUUAAAUGUUUGGGUGACCAUAUUGUGCAGCCAGGUUUGUUUUUCCCUUGUGCUUUCAGAGCAGUAGUGAAUCUACUGUUGGUAGCAGAACAAAGUUCGCAAAAGUUUGGUAGAUGCAUGGUCAGUUACAACCUGCAAGAUAUAUUUUGCAUUAGCAUUGAUAACUAGAUGACACAACUUAUCUUAAAAUCCUCUUAGGUAAAUUGAUAUGAAGCUAUCAGUUUUUAAUGCAUUUUGUUGAUAUCACUUGUGUGUAUGGCAUCAGUCCACUUUUCUUGCCAGUGCUUUUAAUUUAGAUGAAAAUUAAGUGCCAGUAUCAUGUCCAAACUCAAUUUCUUUGCUUGGUGAAAACACAUCUUUGGCAUAAAAAUAUUAAUGUAGAAAACCUACAUUUGCAAAGUAAAGAAAGCAAAUGUUUAAAACUACACAUGUCAGGCUCAGGACAGUUGGGCUUUGCAAGGAGUUUUUAAAUUUCUUCGUUACUUUUUUUCGCCCACAGUUGUGCAAUAGCCUAGCUCUACGCUGUUAUGAAUUAAGUACACAGAUUGUUUUUGGUCACAAGUACUAUUAAGACAAACUAUUAUUGAAAUAUUUUUGGUACUAUAAGCUCAUGCUGUUCAAGAUAUUAACUACUGUGGAAUACUCCAGUGGUAAUUAUGAUAAGUCGGUGGCAAAUAGAAUAUCCUGUAUUUGGCAACUGUAUGUAAGGUGGCAUUCCUCCUGACUUUCUGAUAUUUGCGUCAUUGUAUUCAAGUAUCUGAAUUGCACCAAGAAAAAGCCUGGUAAAGUAAGUGCGGUGUAGGUUGUGUAGGCUGUAUUCUAGACAGACUCUUCACGUUUUCUUGGCUGCUGAACUCUUGAUAACUAGACCUACCCACAAUACAUCUUUGGCAUUGUUUAGUGCUAGGCUACCAUUGACUACUUUAUUUCAGUGCAAGGAAUGCGGAUUACGUACAACAUCAAAUAUUGUCAUGUAACAGCCUCAAGUGUCCUUUUUUAAGUAACAGAGUAAAUACUUGAGAUCAGCAUGUAAGGCCCUGAACAUGGUGCACAGGCAUACUUGAAGCACUCCCGAACACUUGCAUCAAAUUUUGUUCUAUAACUUUGUAUUGCUUAAUGCGCAUGUAGUGAAUUGCUUGAUUUCUACUUAUGGCUGCAAUAAUUUAAUUCCUGAGCUCCAGAAGGGAGCCAUGUGUGUGACAGCAGGUGGGUAUAUGGUGAUUAAUAUAAUAUCUGAUCAUUUCUCUGACAUUCAUUAUCUGGACUGAACAAGAACUUCUUUACUUUGGUCAGAAAAAAAAGGCUGGAAAAGCAUUAUGACAUGGUUUCACAGAUGCUUCCUCUUUCAUAAAUGAGUGGUCAUUGUCUUGCUAAGUUCAAUUUGACGAGUGCCAAAGACUGUAAGAACCUCAUAGUAUACGAGUUUCUGUAAGUUGCAAGGAAAUAGGAUGGUGUGUGGGGAAAAUUUUCUUCUCUGAAUGUCUUGUGUGAUAUCUGACAAGGCAUACUGGCCUGCGAUAUAUUACCAGUGGAUGGAACAUAGCCCUAUAAACUGCUUGUACUGCAUUUAUCACUUCUGAAUGGGCUUUUAUAAUGGUCAGAUUUUUGUACAGCAUUUGCAGAUGUACAUUUUUAAUGGCUACGUUUCAAGUGUCCACAAUAUAUAAGGAAGGCCGGUCAUUUGUUGAUAACUUAAGGCAGAAGACACGCUCUCUCGAAAUGGGAAUGAAACACUGCAGUUUUCGUUGGUGUAAACGGUGCAUGCUUAUUGAAAUGAGCUUUGCACCAGCCCACUACUGCUUAGUUUGUGUUGCGUCUGAAUACUUGUUUUCACUUAACGUACAUACUGACACAUACACAAAGCAAGCCUGCAGAUGAGCCACAGUAUUGUGCAACUGAUGAGAAUCUGUGGUGAGCACUUUGAAUUUGUUUGCAAUUAUAGGGCAGCCUCUACUAUAGAGCUUUGCAUGCCAAGUGAGCCUGGUUAAACCCAGUUCCUGGUAAAUCUUGCUUCUCUGCUGCUCCCACAAAUUUUGUAGAGUUCAGUGUUCCUAGUCAGAAUGUUACUUCGAUCUCAGUGCAAUUGGAAUCAUUCCUACUGCAAAAGUGUAAGAGCGUAAGCCAACAUUCUGUGAAAUUCUGAAGUGCUAGCCCUUUUUAUUUUUUCAAUACUUGUGACUCUCCAUGUGGCCCACCAAUUGGUAUUUCAAUUCCCUUUUUUCUCAUCGUGUAAUGUGGCUGGUUUCACAUUGCCUUUGUACACAAGUGAGAAGUAACUGUGUCGUUUUCUGUGCUGUGACGUCUGGACCUGAUGUCAUUUGAAGAAAUAAAAGUGCAAGUGGUUGCAAGUUGGAAAUCUGUUAGUCGCAGUGAGGUGUUGUUUUGUACAUUAAUACGGAUGGUACUGUACAUAAUAAUAAAAGUGUAUCCAACUAUC